AUGAAACGACCGAGGGGACGUGGGUUACGAGCGUGUGACGCUCAACUAUCAUGGGAGAAACAGCACGAUCGCUCUCAGAGUCCGCAGUGCGCUGACAUUGCUAUCAAUUUUUACUCAGGCUGCAUCACUUGCAAGGCAAAACGACUGAAAUGUGACGAGUCAAAGCCGACCUGCCUUCAAUGCAAGAAGCGGAAGGUGGAGUGUGGAGGGUACAAAAAAGAUUUCAAGUGGCGUCCUUUCGAAGAAACCAAUAUAGGCAGCAAAAGUACCUCGACGAAGGGCAAGAAAGCUACCGCAUCUCCACCUGGUCGGAAGUCCAGUCAUGAUCUGUCCACAUCUCCUAGCUCACAGUCUACAGAAUCCUGGUCGAGGACUCAACGUAAUGUUUUGCCUCUAUCUUCACCAAGGAGAGGAAGGUCUGCGCUCACUCUUGGCUCACCAGAAGAGGAUGAGGCGUCUUCCAACCGUGGAGAGCCAGCUCCAUUACAGCCACAUCAUCUCUUCGUCCCUGCAGAUGAGCUUAUAGGCUCACUGGAUAUAGAAAGUCUCGAUGAAGGAAUUCUUACGCCUUCGAUAACAGAUAUUCCGCCUUUGGACAUUUCCACAUGCCUCUCCGAUGUAUCUAUGUCUAUAGCGGGCACACAACCGAGUAGUACCCGACAUAGUGGCUCUCAUCACCAAAGUCCGCAAAGACACCACAGCUUCAGCUUUGAGGCCUUGAUGGAGGUUGAGGAUGAUGACAUUGAAGAAAUCAUUAGGAAAUCAGAGCAGCCUCUGAGAUCUGGUUCCUUGGGAAGCAUCGAGUGCAAUGGUCCGGCACACCCCAACAGCACAAUCAUCACGCCCGAUAUCCUUUCAGAGCCCGCUUUUAGUAUGGUCAGUCCAGAAAUGCUGGUGCUGCAAUUUGACAGGUUCACGUGUGGUAUAUUGUCUGUGAAAGACGGUGUCCAUGAGAACCCGUGGCGGACGUUGAUUUGGCCCCUAGCUAGAGAGACUCCAGCGCUGUAUCAUGCCGUCUUUUCACUGGCAGCAUUUCAUUCAACCAAGGAGCUCCCCGGCCUGAGGGUUCAUGGAAUGGAUCAUAUGCGGCAGAGCAUCACCUACAUGGUACAUGACAUACAGAAUAUGAGAGCAGAUGCAGCCUUGGCUACGAGUCUAGCCCUGGCAUUUGCGGAGACCUGGGACCAGCAUACGCGCACAUGUAUCCCGCACUUGCGGGGGGCCCAGGCUUUGGUGUCACAGGUUGUGGGAUUUGGUGUUCAAAGCGAUUUGUGCGGCAGUGACCGUGACAGGGUUCGGUUUCUGUAUAACACUUGGCUUUACAUGGAUGUGAUUUCUCGCCUGACUUCCCGGGAAGAAUCCGGGGAUCAGGAAGUAGAUACCUCUGCCUUCCAGUCGCCCAAGGAUGCAGUGCAUGAGAUCGAUCCUUUGAUGGGUUGCGCAACAACCCUUUUUCCGUUGAUUCAUCAAGUCGCACGCCUGAUCCAGCGGGUUCGCAAGACAGAGUCAAAUUCACUCUCUAUUGUCUCGCAGGCGAUAGAAUUGCAACGCCUCGUCGAGCAGUGGGAGCCACCGAGCUGCUUCGAACCCCCAGAUGACCCAACGUCGGAGGUACAGCAUAGCAUCCAGACUGCGCAUGCUUACCGCUGGGCCACACUCUUGUAUCUCCACCAGGCAGUCCCUGAGAUGCCCUCCGAACCAGCGUCAGAUUUGUCCAAGCGAGUCCUAAUGCUGCUCGCCACGGUUCCGCCCAGUUCCCGCGCGACCAUCGUUCAAAUGUUUCCUCUUUUAGCGGCUGGAUGUGAGGCGGAACAAGAGGAGGACCGCCAGUGGGUUCUUAAUCGAUGGAAGGCGAUUCAGUCACGUCUCAUGCUUGGGUCUAUUGAUCGUUGCAUCGAGAUUGUUUGUGAGGUUUGGAAUCGCCGAGAUGCCGUAUCGAGCGGCAAUCAAGUACGAGGAUCUCGCGGGCUUUCUGAACAUCCUGAUCACUUGGCUACAACGAAGCUUGCAAACGAGAGAGCAGCAUAUGUAGGUCGCGGGCCAGGGGAGCAUGGUUUCAUCAGUGAUCAUGCUAGUGAGGCGUGGAGAAGAUCGGUCAUGGCAGGGCGGGCUCCUUUCAAGGGUCCUUCCGGCAAGCCACGACGAAGCUCAGUGAUCUCUCCACUGGAGAAUAUAGAAUUCGAGAGGACUGUUCGAGGAAGCUUGCACUGGGUCAAUGUGAUGGAGGAAUGGGGCUGGGAAGGUAAGCUUUGUCUUUCGCAUCGUGUAUGA